AUGGAUGUAAACAUCUUUCAGAUGAGCAGCAGAUGGCAUCAGCAGAACAACUAGAUAUGGAGGUGAUGACUCCUCUUAUGGAGGAGGCAGGAGAUGAGGAGGAGGAUAUGGAUGAAGAUUCGGAGCAACUGCCGCAAGGCAUCACGUGAGUAUCAUCUGUCAGAUGAGACAGAAAUUAUUAUUAUGUCUGAGCCGUGAUGCAGUGGUAGACACGUUUGAGCCAUAGUGCUCAAGUGGGUGAUUGGGGUUUAAGAUUACAGUGCAUCACGUUCCAUUCAUCUUCUCUCUGAGAUAAUUACCUUCCUCCUCUUUACUGUACUGUCUUAUAGAAUGUCACAAAAGGAUCCUGGUUUACAUAUUUGUUUCGGGUAACCUGAUCAUAAGUGGACAGUGCAGGUUCAAAACAUUUUGUAAACAUGGACCAAAAAAUUGUGGUCUGAUCUAAUCUUUUAAGCCACAUUUGAAGGUAGUUAAAAACAUGAAUUUACAGUGUAAAUGUUAUUGUGUCCUGAUGCUUCUCAAACAACAAUAGGGCCUUCUCGGUUUAUUAACAUGUAGUAAAAUACUGACAAGGUGAGUGAUUUUAUGUUGUGUUAUGUUAUGUUAAAUGACCCACUCAAAAUCCAUCACCUGAGACAGAUGGUAAGACCAGAUGUAAACAGGCCCAUUUAUAUACACAAAAACACUUGCAUUGCCUCUUUCUCAACAUAUCAUGUCUCUCUUCAUUCUCUUUUGUUCUUCAGGUUUACUCAGACUCUUCUGCAUCUCUUAAAGGGGAAUAUCGGCACUGGGUUGCUCGGGCUUCCUCUAGCAGUGAAGAAUGCUGGGAUAGUGCUUGGUCCGGUUAGUUUGGUACUGAUGGGUUUGGUGUGUGUUCAUUGCAUGCACAUCCUGGUCAACUGCAGCCAUCAGCUCAGUGAGCGUUUGAAGCGGUCCCCCCUUGGUUAUAGUGACACGGUCGCUGUUGCCAUGGAGAUGAGUUCCUCCCAGUGCCUGAGGAGAGGUGCUCAGUUUGGAAGGCACUUGGUGAAUUUCUUCCUGGUUUUGACCCAGCUGGGCUUCUGUAGUGUAUACUUUGUAUUCUUGGCAGAGAAUAUUAAGCAGGUGAUAGAAGGUACUCAUUCGAACACUUCUGCGGAGACUGUGCUGUUAUACUCCAAUAGCUCAAAACAGGGUGCUGUCUCCCCAGACUCACCCACUUUCACCGUGGCUACGGGGCUGGACCUGCGGCUCUACAUGGUCUUCCUCCUUCCCUUCAUCAUCGUCCUGACCUUCAUCAGAGAUCUGCGGAACAUGGCCGCUCUCUCCGCCAUAGCCAACCUCUGCAUGGCCGUCAGCCUCGUACUGAUCUUUACAUACAUACUCAGCGAUGUCAGUGAUCCCAGAAACCUGCCGUACGCCUCCACAUGGCGAAAGUUUCCGUUCUUCUUUGGAACUGCCAUCUUUGCCUUUGAGGGGAUUGGAGUGGUUCUUCCUUUAGAGAAUCAAAUGAAAGAGCCAAAACGGUUCCCUCAAGCUCUCAAUAUUGGCAUGGGCUUCAUCAUCAUACUGUACGUAACCCUGGCGACCCUGGGCUACCUCCGUUUCAGUAAUGACAUCAAGGGAAGCAUCACACUUAACCUUCCACAUAACUCCUGGUCUAAUCAGCUGGUGAAGGUCUUGUACUCGUUCGGUGUUUUUGUGAGUUUUGCUGUGCAGUUCUUCGUGCCGGCAGAGAUUCUGGUUCCGCCUUUGUGUGAGCGUGUGAGAAAGAACUGGAGACGAGUGACUGAUCUCAGCCUUCGAGCACUGCUCGUCUGCCUCACCUGCGUAACGGCUGUCUUGAUACCACGCUUAGACCUGGUGAUCUCAUUGGUCGGUGCAGUAAGCAGUUCGGCACUAGCGCUCAUCUUCCCACCGCUGGUGGAGCUCAUCGUGCUCCCCAGCCGGCCCCCUCCACUGCUCCUCAAAGAUCUCUCCAUCGCCAUCCUGGGCUUUAUCGGCUUCCUUACAGGAACCUACGUGACGGUGGUGGACAUUAUUUAUCCUGACGACCAAGGACAGACCCGUCUCCACGAUGACGGGAACUGGACCACACCCACUACCUCGCCACCCUAAAGACCAAGUGCAUAAACUAAGGACCAAUCAAACGUGAGGCACAGUUGCAUAGUAAAGCCAGGCGUGCUUUCAUUCAUUCCUUUUUUUCAGAUAUUUUUACCCCAGAUUAAAGGAAUAGUUCACCCAAAAAUUUAAUUCUGUCAUUAUUUACUCACCCUCAUAUCUUUCCAAACCCUUUUGCUGUUUUCUUUUUCUGUGGAACACAAGUAAAUGUAAGAAUUUUCAAGCAGCUCUUUUCCAUACAAUGAUCACAGCUCAAAACAUGACAAAAAAUGCCAAAAAAGCACCAUGAAAGUAGUUAACAGAGUCAGAAAUGAAGGGGACUCGGGGCAGAAAUGCACCUAAAAUUCAAACUGUAGGGGUAAAAAAUGCCCUCUUAAUGAAUUCUUCUCUUUAAUUGUUUUUUAUGUAUUUGUAACAUCUGCUAUAGUUCUUAAUCUAUUACAGUCCUAGUUAUGUUGGUUUUAAUUCUUGGUGUAAUAGGUAAUAAACUCUCAAUCUUGAAAUGUUUUAUUAAUGAAUUGAGUAAAUUGAUGUAUUUGAGAUAAACAGAUGGGCCACAGUUUGUUUUAUGCCCUCAUGAAAGUCAAAAAUCACCCUUAAAAAUCAAAUCCAGAGGCAAAUAUUGCCCCUUUAUGUAAAAGUACAUUUUUGACACUGGUAUUCCAAACAACUUGUGUUUUCCAAGUCUUCAGAAGGCAUAGAACAGACCAAAAUUUAAGUCAUUAUUCACUGAUAAUCUAAGGGUUAAAACAAGAAGAUUCUUUAAAAUAUCCAAUUUUUGUUUCCACAUAAAAAAUGGUCAUAUAGGUUUGGAAUGCACAUAAAAUGUCCGACCAAUGGCAGAUGGGGGGAAAUGUUCUCAAAACCUAUUUGAAAACUAUUUUUGCAAUUCCAUUUGGUGACAAUAUUGGCGCAGACAUUACACACUUCACCUUUAAUACUGUAACAGCACAGGCUUGGUGCAUACACAUACACUGACACUGUCAAUUCUUCCUAUAGGAAGUGAGUGAUGACAGCUCUGGGACUGACAGCCCAUCUUAUAGGGGUUGAAUCUUUUAUAUAGAUCAAUUUUUAUUUCAUUCCACAGGCACGCACUGCUGUGCCCCAAGGUGUGUUGUUGUGCGAGCAUGUGUGUGCAUACUGUAUAUGUGCGCAUUGUUCGCUGAGUGAUGGCAUGCGUGGGAAAUAUUUCCUUCAUGCAGGCUUAUGGACUUUCCAUGACUCUACCCCUUUCCAGAUUGAAUGGCAUUCAUUCAAUCAGGUCUCUGGGAUGGGACCAUAUAGCAUGACAAGCCAUCGGCUUUUAACACUGAACAGCAGAAUAUAUUGCACACUGUAAUAUGGACCCUCAAGAAUGUACAGACAUACUUGCUGACUUCAGAGUUUUUAUUAAUAAACUAAUCUUUAC